GGUACUCCUACACAAGCCGUGCCCGCCGACUCCGACAUCGUCAUGACCACAUGUCUCCAGAGGAAGCUACUCGAAUAAGACGGAAUUGAACCUGUGCAAUAGAAAGCCUGCUACCCCAACUCGAUCCAUAAAGUACCUUCUGGUGCAAUCUCUACAAAAAAGGAAUCAGUAUCUCAUUUUUGUAAGCACAAAAAGCAAAGGAAUCAGUGCCAAGAAACAUUACAGACGCCCAAACGCAUCAAUCUGCCCCGCACCGCUAUCACCUACCCUAUCUCUUGAGAGCGGUACGGUUGUCGACAAUCACACCCGCGGCCCCAUUCCCAUCACCCCUAAAUCCAUGGCACAAUCAACCGCCCACCGCCGUCUCCUACAGGAGUACCGCGCCUUGACAAACAACCCACCGGACGGCAUAACCGCCGGGCCCGUUAACGAAGAUGACCUCCUUCACUGGGAGGCCAUGAUCCAGGGUCCCGAGGGCACGCCGUUUGAGGGCGGCGUCUUCCCCGCCGAGCUGCGUUUCCCCAAGGACUACCCGCUCGCACCCCCGACGAUGAAAUUCUUAGGCGAGAUAUGGCAUCCUAAUGUCUACCCAAGCGGCCUCGUCUGCAUCUCCAUCCUUCACCCACCCGGCGACGACCCCAAUCACUACGAGCACGCGUCCGAGCGCUGGUCUCCCAUCCAGUCGGUCGAGAAGAUCUUGAUCUCUGUCAUGAGCAUGCUGGCCGAGCCCAACGACGAGAGCCCUGCCAACGUCGAGGCCGCAAAGAUGUGGCGGGAGCGCAGGGCUGAUUACGAGCAAAAGGUCCGCGACUCUGUUCGUAGAAGUCUGGGCUUGUAAGGCCUCUGGGCCAGCUGAAUAUGAAAAUAAGACGAAAUAAAACAAAAAUAAGAAACGCUACAUGUUAUGCCCACUGUAUCACUAUACCGCACGAUAACUGUGGGAUAUUCCAUGGAACAAUAACACCGUAGCUCGCAAAGUAUAUCAUAUAAACCAUCGGUGCUAGAGUCCGUAGCAUGAGCUCAUUAAAGUUUGAAAUUCAAAACCAAG